AUGGCUAACGCCUCAGAAAGUGGCCAAAUCAUUAGUGUAAGAAGGAGGGUAUUUACUAAUUGGAUUAACUUUCAUUUAAGAAAUGUCUCCAAAAAGGUAGAUAGGCUAGAGGACUUGUUUACCGAUGGUACAAGUUUGGUUUCAUUGUUGCAAGUUCUUUUCGAAGAUGAUAUUUUUGAUAUUAGUGGAAUCAGCGUGGAUGAAAUCGAAAAUGGAAAUAUUGAGCAUAUGUUGUCAUUAAUAUGGUUACUUAUUACCCAUUUUCACAUAUGUUCAUUUCCAGCUGCUUCGCAUAUUAAGAAUAUCUAUUCUGCUCAGAAAGCUAUUUUAUUAUGGUGCAGGAAAGCUACGGAAGGAUAUCCUGGGAUUGAUAUAGUAGAUUUUAAUUGUAGCUGGAGAAGUGGUCAUGCGUUAGCGGCCAUAGUGCACGGAUUUAGGCCUAAUGCAGUAGAUUUCAGCAAUUUGAAGCAACUUAGACCUGUAGAUAUUGUUCAAUUUGCUAUGGAUGCUAUUGAAAGAGUAUUUUAUAUACCACAACUGUUGAAAGCUAAAGAUAUAUGCAAUAGUAAACCUGAUGAUAAAUGCAUAUUAUUGUAUAUAUCCUUCAUUACGAACGUUUUGCGAUCGACAUCGUUAUAUGAAAAUGAAAAGUCUAUGGGAUUAAAAAUAAAGGUAGAUAAUUACAAGAAACUAGCCCAUGAUAUUAUUUUAUGGCUAGAUCGAUUGAUCUCAAAGUAUCAAAGUUUGUAUUUACCAAACUCAUUGAUCGAGUUGGAGCCAGUAAUUGUUGAGUUUGAUAAAUGCUUUACUGAAGAUAUUGCUGCGAUUGAACAGAUGAUGCGUUCAGUUGUUCAAGCUUAUAUAGAGUUGGAGAAAUAUAGUACCUUAAAAAAAUUACAAGAAGUGACAGAGAAAAAGUUGAAAGCGAAAUAUGACAAAUUAACUAAGCUCAAACAGUUACACGAAAAGGUUGAAACAGAGCUGUCGUUAAUGGAAGUAUCUCUUAAAGAAGUAGAAGAACGCUUGGAUGAAGAGAAGCAAUUAUGGCCAUCCAUGGACUGUGAAUCAGUUCAGAAGCAUUGCAAAGAGUUAAAUGCCUCUCUAUUGAUAUUUGAAAGCCGAAUUCAGCGUAUGAGAAUGGAAACUAAACAUUUAAAUACUCAAGAUUAUAGUGAAUCUACGCUAUUGCAGACCACGGUUGAAUCAGCCUAUAGUCAGUGGCAGGGUCUUCGAAUUCUUGUAUUGACUUUGUAUAUCCAUCAUAUCGAACGUCAACAACGAAUGGUUGAAAGUUUUCGUAAGCAAGCAGAAUCGGGUAAUUUUUCAGAUUCGUUGCAUUCAAUUCAAGAGAUCCAUAACUGGCUUAGCAAGAAGAAGGUUGUUUUGGAAACAGCGUCGUAUGGCAUAGAUAGGAUUGAUAUUCAAAACUAUGUGCUCGAACAUCAAAUUCUACAUAUAGCAUUACUGGAACGUAGUCCCGAUGUGAAAUAUUUGUGUAGCUUGGAGAAUAAGGCCGAAGUUAGGCAGCAACCAAAUAUUAUCUCGUUGAUACAUGACUUAAAUAACUUAUAUGAACGUGUAAUGAAUAUGUCAGCCAAAAGAAUGACGAGCUUGGUAUCAUUGCUGGAUUUUGUAAGGAAUAUUCAAAAUGAACUUACUUGGUUGGAGCGAAAAGAAAAGAUUGAGAUAGGCAGAGAUUGGAGUGCAACCGAUUUAGAUAUCGAUGUUCUACAGCAUUAUCAAAAGGAUUUAAAGAGCGAAUUUCAUGAGCAUCAGAAACGAACUGCAACUUACUUAAAAAUAGGACGUAAAUUGAUAAAAGAUAAACAUUCUGCUUCUAAAGUAUUGGAGCUACAAGCAAUAAGUCUAGAAUUUAAGUCAAUUCGUAUGUCAGAGUUUAUUGCGGCCUUAGACAAACACAUUCAUCACUUACAUGUAUAUCAGCAAAUUCUGAGAGAAGAGUUGCUGUCUUACCAAUCUGUCAUUAAGUGUCUAUGUGAUGUCUCUCUGAAAGUGUUACCAUUACACUUCCGCAAAACUUCUAAGGAACAAUUAUCUAUUCCAAUUCGUACAAUAUGUAGUUAUCAUGAUGGUCAGAAUGGUAUCCUGAAUGAUAAUGAAUAUAUACUACUAGACAAAUCUAAUCAUACCAAAUGGACUAUUAUGACUCAAGAAAGGCUCGAAUUAAGGGUACCAUCGUUGUGCUUUCUUAUUGAAUGUCAGUGUCCUGAAGCUAUUGAAUCUGCUUCAAGAUUACGCGGAAAAUAUGAGUAUUUACUGCAGCUGUGGAAAACUAUGUAUAAGAAAUUAAGUUGCAAUCAUAGCUAUACGAAAUUAUUUGAAAAUUUAUCUGGUAUUAUAAAAUGCUAUCAUGAGAAACAUAUUAUUGUAAAUGCUAUCAGAUAUAGAAUAUAUGUGUCAUCGGUAAUAUCUGAUUCACGAAGGUUGAUAUCGCAAGAUCUAGGACGAUCAUCUGCUAGAGUAGCUAGUCUAGAAGAUAGCUUAAAUAUUGUAGAAGCCAUGUGGCUAAAACAAUGGCAAACUGGAAAUUGGAAAUCUUCUGAAAUAUUGACUGCAUCUCUUGAAAAAAGUGUAGCUCAAAACAAACUUGAUGCUAGAUCAAGUAGUAUCAAUGAAAGAAUUCACGCAAGUGCUUCUAAAGGAAGUGAUAGUGGUACCUGUGAAUGUAGGAGACGGUACGAACGUUUAGCUAAGUUUGAAGGAAGAUCUGCUGAUUAUGAAAGUUUAGAUAAUAUUAGUACAGCUGAAAUUUAUAGUGUUAUGGAACUAUGUUCUGGGUGUAAGAGCGCAGAUACUACUGCUCAGCGUUGGAUUGAAAGUCUUGACAUCGAAUAUGGAUAUGAAAGUUUGAUAGAUUUAUUGAGGGAUUCGAUUAUUCGCUAUAAUCAGUUGUUUCUCAGAAAUUUAAGCCAUGGAAAUGAUGCUGGCUCAAUUUCUGAAGAGAUUCGAUAUCAAAAGUACCUUGAAAUAGAGCUAUAUAACUUAAGUGGUGAAUUUAGUGCAGCAGUGGAUAAGGUUUUAUCUGAUAUGUCGGAGUCGUCACUGUCAUCUCAAGCUGAUAUGAGCUGCUUAAGCAGUCAAUAUACAUACCUUUUGUCUCAAGCCGCACUUCAUACGUUAUAUUUACAAAAUGCGGUUGUGGUACUGGAGAAUUUUAAUGGGCUAAUCUUAACUAUAAGACCUUGGAUUCGUGAGUCGCAAGGCUUUUUAUCUGAAUUAAAAAUAGAAGCUUCAACGAAUGUAUUUGAAAUGAUUUUAAAGAGGGAAAAAAUUCAGGCAUUACUUAAUGAAUUAUUUAGACGAAAAACUGAUGUGGAUUGCAUAGCCAAUAGAGGAUACGAAUUCAUAAAUAUUAUGAAUGUGUCUUCAGAGCAGGUGGAAAGCUAUCGUUGUGUAGUGGAAAGUAUGCUCCAGGAAUCUUUUCCAUUUAGUCGUUUAAGCGAUCACGGAUCCCGUUAUAUCAGAAGACAAAUAGCCGAUAUUAGAGAUAAAAUGAGAAACAUGACUGAACUUUGUAUUCAAUUUUUAAAAGAGUUCGACCAGCUAAUAUCUUACGCAAGAACUAGCUUAUCGCCUGUAGAAAAUAGAUGUGUUGAUACUAUGUGGAAGGCCUUCUUUACAGAAGCUUCUGGUUGUCAGGAACGCGUCAACAACGUUAUCAGUAGUUCACAACAACUGAUACCUCAGUUACGCCAAACUAGCAAAUUGAUGGCUUCCUUUAAAAUUAAAAGUGACGCUGAUAAACUAUUGGAACGAUGGCAAAAUUUACAAAAAUUUUGUAACUAUCAUAGAAAGACCCUUGAUGCAGGAGUAGGUGUCGCGAAGGAUUUACAUAACGUUUAUGAUCGAUUAAGCGCGUGGAUUACAAUAGCGAAACGGAAACUUGAUCAGGUUACUAAAUUUGGAGGAAGUUCAUUUAGAAUUCAGGAGCAUGUAAUCACUCGUAAGGAAUUUUAUGAUGGGCUUCAACAACAAAAGAAUGAUAUUGUACAGUUGAGAGAGAAAAUACAAGAAUUUGUUUAUUUAGCUGAGAAAUUUGAGGAAGAUCAAGAAAAUUUUUUGGAUACUAUAACUGGAUAUUCAGGAUCAUUUCCUGAUAAUGAAAACGGAGAUGAUGAAAAUGGAGCAACCAUAGUAGAGGAGAUGUAUGCUAGAAUUGAUCAACAGCUGAACGAUAUUGUUGUCCUUUAUGAAAAAUCAGAAACUACAGAAUCGGUCGAACAUCGUGAAUGGUAUAUCCAGAAGUUUCUUUAUUUAAAUGCAUUUUUGCAUUAUAAUGUUUCUCAGCUAGACGGAAUUAUCAAUUCGAUUAAUUCACCUCUCUAUGAAAGUAUUAUGAGACUCAAGGCUUCCUCCACCUUGUUACUGUCAUAUGAAUGGGAUGCUAUAUGUAGUCAAGAUAGGAAUGACAUAUUUAGCUCGACUUGUGAGACUCUUCGUCUUAAGUUAAGAGGACAUCAAGAAUCCUUAGAUGAGAUUAUCCAAGUUUGUCCGGAUGUUUAUGAUAAAUUACGAGAUUUUACUGGUUGGUUACAAAGUGACUCGUCACUUACUAUUUUGCAGCUACUCGGUGAAUUUUCUAACGAGAAGGCGACUGAAUCUGCUUUAGUUCAAGUUGAUUCAUCCUCACAUAAAGAAGAUGUGACUUAUGCUACUCUUACCAAUCUAAUUAUUGGCUUAAUGAAAAGAUUUACAACUGUUCUAAGUUUGAUUUACGAGCGGAAACAAAAAAUUAUGGAAUUUACUGAGCGUGCAAUUGUGCUAUUGAAUUUAUUUAAUAAAACUAAUAACUUACUUGAAAAUGUGGAGGAAAGAAUUGCCAUUACUGGCGGACCUAUAUUAUGUACUGCUGCUGUAACGAAGACUUUAAAUUUUCUGCGUUUAUUACCUGAAGAACUUGAGGAGUAUUCGGAAUAUAUGAAGCGUAUUGCGGAAUCAACUGUUUCUUUGUAUGAGGUGUUGGUAAAAUUGUGGUCAGCAGAUUCUAAUGUGUAUAUUAAUGUAAAGGCUUCGGUAGAAAAUCAAAUUUCAAAAUUAAGUAAAAUGCAAACUAGUGCAUUUACGAAGGGCGAAACUACAAGGAAAACAUUGGAGAGAUACCUGGAAGAUUAUAAUAAGCUUAAAGCAAUGAUAUCUAACCUGCGCUCAUUGGAAAUUAAUAUUUAUUUCAUUUUACAAUUACCAUUUUACUACUUUGUCAAGCCAUAUCUCAUUCAACAACACUUGCAUAUAUUACAGACGAUUCGUGAUAAUUUGCCAACGAAGUUUGCCGUAUUAACCAAUUUCGCAGAUCACCUACAGAAAAUAUAUGCAGAUGCAAAAUUUGGAGACGUUUCAGACGAAAUAUCCAAUUUAGAGUCUAGAAAUUCAGUAGUAGUUUUGGAGAUCCAAAUGAAAGAAAAGCAACUUUUAGCUACUUUGAAUAAAUCAAAGGAUUUUUUUAAUAACGUAGAAAUGUUAGGUAUUUGGUUAAAUGAGAAAAAACGAAAAUUAGAUUUUUCUGAAGAGACGGAUGAGAUAAUUACUGAAGUUGACGAUAUUAUACAGAUGGUAUCUGAUUUUAAAAGAGAACUUAAUCAUUGUGAACGUAUUAUGACUUAUGUGGCAAGUUGCUGUAGACUAGCUACAGAAGAAUGUUUCGAAAGUGAAAAAUCUGCCAUUAGACAGCAUUUUUCUGAACUAGAAGUUAUUUAUUUGCGACUUUGUAAUGAUGCAAUUGAAAUUGAACGUUCUCUUAGUAGUUUUAUUAGUAGGUUAUCUUUGGAGAAGGAGAUAACAGUUGAAGGCCGAAUACUAUCAGAGAAGAGCAUGGCAUUAGGACAAAUCAUGCCAUUGACGGUAGCUGCAAGAUUGCAUCUUCAUCACCCAAGAUUGCCUCCAGUUACUGAGGACAUCAUUGAUCUCGGAGAAAAACGAACGGAAGAGAAUACAUCCAGCGAUAGUAUUUCGAGAAAUGUUGUUAGUAAUGUCCUUGAUGAAGGUCUACUAAUUACGGUCAUUAAUAAGACGGUUGAAAUGUUAGAGCAGCAGGCUGAAGUUGACGUUGAUGACGAUGACGAUAUAGCAAUUGAGAUAGAUGAGAUAGUAGCAGAAAAAGUAGACCCCACUUACACUUUUAUGGAUGAGCCAGAUAGAUACCAAGAGAAUAACUCAGUAGUGGUAGAAACGAAAAUUGAUCAAUUACAGGAAAUAAAUGCUGUAGCACAGGAAGAUAGCGCAGAAAUAGCUGUCGAGCCUCCUCGGCAGAUACUCGAAAAUAUUGAAAUGACAGUGGCUCCAGUUGAACAGCUUACCAUGGUAGGAAAUUUUUUCGAUGAUGAUCGUAUUAGUUUUAAUAAUGAAGACGACAGUAGUUUAGCUAAACCUCCGGAAGAAAUUAUUGAAGUUUUACCUGUGGACGAAAGUCAGUCUCUUGAAAAUGUUAAUCCAGAAACUGCCCUUGAUAGUGCAUUCUUAAAAGAAUUUAGUACUCUAGAGGAAUUAACUAAUACAGAUAUCUUCCAACAACGUGACUCCAAGAUCAGCGGGGAUUAUCAACCUGUACUGGAUCCAAAUUUGCUACCUGAGUCUAACGAACAACUUGGUACUAGUCUACAUGAAGUUACAAAGGAGCGUUCUAAAAUGGAUUCGAUGAGACUUCAAAGUAUACUUUUGAAAUUGAAUACUACAUGUCAAAAUAUUGACAAAUCAGCUGCAAUAACGCUUUCAAUAGAGGAAUUAUCUUCAGAAGAUAUGCGUAUUUACAGCGGCGUGUGUUUAGAUUUUUUAAGGUACAUUAAUAAGGUCGAGCAAAGGAUUGAUAUUGCUAUAGAUAUUGAAAGAAAACUUGUAUCUGUUGCCAACGAUCAUGGAGAAUUUACUGAUCCGGAAUUGACGGGGACGUCAAUACUUGAUAGAGUAAAAAAGUUAAAUGAUAAAGUGCUUUACCGACGUCAAUGCCUACUAAAUUCAUUGAAAAGAUACGAAACUAUGAAUAAGUCUAUUCUUGAGUGUUCAACGACGGUUACUGUUGCUGAAAAUUAUUUAAUUCAACAAAUUUUUUUCGAUGCUACCCUCGAAGAUGUGAAUAGAGUUGAAUCCAAUUAUGAGUCACUGAAAAUUAAUGUCCUUCAAUAUCAAAAUAAAUUGACCGAGAUUAUCCAAAAUGAACAAGAUGCCAUUGCAGUUUUAUCUGUGAAGCAGUCAGCUGUGAUACAAGACAAGUGGGAUAAAGUAUGUAAGCGGUGCAUAAAAGUUCUGGAUCGUAUCAACAGAGAUUUAGAACAACUUGGAAAAGCUAGAAAGAAGUUACAACUUCUUGAAGAGGAAUGGAAUAGUUGUUAUAAGGCUUGUAAUAAAUUGGAGAAAUCAGAAUUGCUAAACGAAGAUAUGAGAUAUAUUAAAAGGAAAGACAUUGCUAAACGAAUCGAAUCUCUCCAGGUUGCUGAGGGCGACGUUGAUCAGAUAUUAUCUAAGAUAUUACCUGUUUACAAGGCCACAAUUGACUUCUUUCUUGAAUAUUACUCCAAAAAUUCGAUCAAAGUCAUUCAAGAUAAGCAAUCUAACAUUCAACGAAAGCUAAAUGGUUCAAAGACUGCUGUAUUGGAUAAAAUAUUUAAGUUAACUCUUAUUAAUGGACAAUUAGUAAGGUUUGAACGAGAUUGUGAAGAUAUUUUACUCUGGUUGAAUGAUAAAGAAAAUUUGUUAUCGGAACAUGAAGUAUCACAAAUAGAUGACACUUUAUCGUUGGAAAUGGAUGAAAAAGCGAUUGAAAUUCAAAAAGUAACUGAUUUGGGUGAAACGCUUAUUCCUGAUGUUACAGAUGAAGAUGCUGCAUUUAUCAGUCAUCAGAUUAAUGCCAUUAAGAGAAAGCAUGGCAACGUGAAGAAAGUCUUUUUUAAUAAAAGGGAUGAAACUACCAAGCAUGAAAACUUAGCACAUGAAACUACCUUCCUUCGUGGUAAAAUAAUAAUAGUUUGUGAAGAUAUCGAAAAAAGCCCUGCUUUUUCUUUAGCAUCCAAUAAUUUGAAGUUCUCAGCUUUAUAUGACGCACUACAAGAAAUUAAGGAUUUAGAAAACCUUGUUCAUUCUUCUGAAGAGAUAGUGAAAAGACUUAAGAAUCAGAUGGCUUAUUGGACUGAUAAUGAUAGUCUUCCAGAUCUGAGUGUUGAGAUGCAUGAAACAAUCGAUCGUUUUGAUGAUAUUAAACUUAAAUUGCAACAACAGAAAGAAAUAGUGAAAGGUGCAUAUGAGUUAAUGAAACAGUUUGAGAAGGCUUGUAAAGCAAUGGAAAAUUAUUUAUUGAAGAAUCGGGAAUAUAUUUCUCAAUUUACCCGAUUCGGUAUUAGUCAAGCGGAAUUAUUGAAGCAGGAAAAAGCUAUUCAAACUCAUGUUCAAGAGUAUAAAGAUAAACGGAGUACAAUCCAGUUGGUGGACAAUCUUGCAAAUCAAUUCGUAGCAGAUUACCCAUGCGAAGAUUCCAAAAAAUUUAAAGCAAGAGCUCUUAACCUCAGUGAGCAGUAUGAGAAAGUUAUGAGCAAUUACACAUAUAAAUUAGAACAUUUACAGAGAUAUUCUUCCUCAUUGAUGGAAUUUGAAGAAUUAGCGACGCAAAUCUUUUCCGUUUUAGAUAGCGCGGACAUGUUUCUCGAUGGUUCAACGUUUGAUAACGUAAAUGAUUUAUCAUCGUGGAUAGCUGAUAUAAAUAAAUGCAAAAUAUCCUUGCAGCAUGAUAAUGACGCCUUGCAUAAAUGUGAACAUCAUCUCAAAACUUUAACUGAAAUUGAUUCCUUCUCUGGAAGCAGACUUCAAUCGAAGGUACAAGGAAUGAAAGAACGACGCCAAUAUACAAUUAGAACUUUAGAAAGCGAGUACAAUAAAUACAGUCGUGUUAUUUCUUUAUACAAAGAUUAUUCACUUAAUAUGAUUAAGCUUAUUUCAUGGAUGGAUAUCGCUGAAAAUACUCUUGAUACCGUUUCUAAUUCGUCUACUGACGCUAACGAUCAAUCACAGAUUGAAAAACUAACAAGUCUAGCGAAUGAGGUUGCGGAUAAUUCUUUAAUUUUGGCUGAAAGCCAGAGAUGCUACGAUAAUAUUAAUACAGUGUUACGUGGGGUAAUUGCAAAUAACAUGCAAGAGUUUGAUGAUAAUGUUGGUAGAUUUAAUGAUAUUUGCGAAAAGAUUAAACAGUAUCGAAGUGAUAAAUUGGACUGGACUAGAAAUACUGAAGAGCUGUUGUUGUCCUAUCGUAAGCUAUUACAAUAUAUUGAAGAGAUAAAAGUUAUGGAGAUCAUCAAGGCCCCAAUGGUCAACUUAAGAAUCAAAAAUUUUGAGGAAGAUACGCUACUACUAGCAAGUGUUACAGAUAAUAUGGGAAAAUUGUACAAUGAUUAUCAACAUACAACAGAGCAUUGGCAAGCUACUGGCAUGGGUAAUUUACCUCUUGAUCGUAUAAAAUCAGUUAAAAUAUUCGAACAGGACUAUGCUUCAUUACUUCUCGAGGUCAAAAGUCGAAAAGAAAUUCUGAAUCAGCAAUUUCAACAAUUGAAUAGUGUAAAUCGUGUGGUACAAGACAUUAUAUCAUUUUUGGAAGAUACUGAGAAAAUUUAUACUAGCAAAGGGUUAAUUAUUAUAAGUCUUGAUGUCGUGGAUGCGGAAAUCGAUAAUGAUAAAGAAAAUCUUGAAAACUUGAAAUUGAAAAAGUUUGACUUGAAACGUGUAUCACAGGAAAUGGAAGAACUGGCUAAACAAUGCUCUUCUGAAUACCUGUCUGACUUACAGUUACUGACUGAUAAUACAGAGAAGGAACUUGAUCGGUUAACUAUCAUUAUUUCCAAUCGUUGUAACUUUCUGAAUCAAAGUUUGAUCGUUAUACAAAAAUUUAAGUGGUCAUAUUCAGAUUUAGUCAACACUUGUGACGAGAUCGACUCUUCGUAUAUAAUAAAUUUCGAUUAUAGUGAGUUUACAUUCAAAAAUUUACCACAAUUGAUAGAUCAAUGCAAGGAUAUCGAAGACAAAAUUUUGACAGUUGAAGAAAAAAUACCCGAUUUACUAAGUGUUAUGAAAGAUCUGCAAGCCGUUGUUACAGAUUCUGUUACGGCUCCUUAUCAGGUCAAAGUUAAUAAAUUGGUAGGAAAAAUUGAAAAUUUCAAGACAUCUGUCGGGAGUAAAAGAGCUGUUAUGCUUGAUAUGUUGAGGCAAGCUCAAGACUUUGGGUCUGAAGUCGAUAAGAUGCAAAGUUGGCUAUGUGAGAAAGAAAAGCAAUUAGAAGAGAAGGAUAGUAAUCCUGUAAUUAUCAGUGAUCCAGAUCGUGAAAUACUUACUAGUAAGCAAUUACUAAGUGAAAUUAAUAGCUAUCAAGUCGUAUUAGAUAGAUUUAAUGCAGCUGGCAGAAAGCGACUUGACGAAAGCAACGAAAGCGAUGCCAUAAAUGUUCAUGAAACUAUGAAGGAUGUAACUAGUCGAUAUAAUGAGGUUAAGAAAAAAGCUCUUUGGCAGCAGAAUCACUUAACCAAAACUGCGGCAGAUUUAAAACUGUUUAACUCUAUUCGAGAUAAAAUUGUAGAGCUUCUGGAAGAGAUUGAAAGUACGAAUUUAUUGACUCUCAAUCUUGCAUGCAUUGAUCUCAAUUGUCUUAACUUUAAUGAUGAUAUAUACCAUGCUGGACAAUAUAAACAGACUUUAAGUAACGAACUGAGCAAGUUGAAGAUUGCAUCGGAUGCUCUUAAUGAUUUCAAAAUUGAUUUGGACGCUGAUAAUCAGAUAAGAUUACUACAGAAUCGCUUCGAGAAACUUCAAUCGAAAUUAUCUAUCAGAGAAAAAGUAAUCGGCGACCUCCGUACGAAUGUCCAAAAAUUUAAACAAAAAUACGAUGUAUUAAUGAACGAAUUGAGAGAUUUUCAGAAAGACCUAAAAGGUAUCGAGAGCGGAUUUACUUCGGAGGCCAUUCAAAAAAGCCGGAGUAAAUUGCAAGGGUUGUAUGAUUGUAUUAGCGAUAAAUUAGUCGAUAUAGCAGAUUUUGACGCUCUUGGUAGAACUAUAUCACAACAGUGUUCAGUAGCCGAUAAAGAAGCGGUACAUUCGCAGAUUGAACUUAUUCAAGAACUUCAUGCAUCAUUAAUGCAAACUUAUGCGACACUAGAAGAUUCUUCGUUAGAAAAGCUUAGGCUUGCCGAAGAAUUCGAAUAUUUGUUCCUGACACUUGGUAAGCUUACCUCUAGAAUUGUGGAGCAAUUAAACAAUUACGAAAAUAAGCUAGUCCAUAUUAACGCAUUACCGGGAAGCCUUUCCAUGUUUGAACAUUUAUAUGACUUAGCAAAUGACAAGGAAGAUACAUUGAUAGCCUUAAAAAAUUGCGUGAAACAAUUUAUUGCCUUAAGGAACACUGAAUCGAACGAAGAAUUACAAGAUCGUUUAGAUAAAGCAAGUAAAGAAUAUGAUGAUGUUAAAGCUAGGAUAGAAAGAAUGAGAAGGGAAUUUGAAUUUAGUAUUAAGCAGAAAGGCGACUAUGAAAGUACCCUUUUGUUAUUGAGUAAUUCUCUAAGUGAGGUUUAUCAGGAUAGUAGAAAAUUGAGGAUGGAUAUCGCCUUAGCUGGAGACGUCGUUGCAGCAAUUGACGAAGUCGAUAGUUUACUUAAUACUUUAGAUGGUAAAUCGAUUCUGAUUCAAACCUUAGAGACGAUCAUUGAUCCUCUGAAAACUGUCAUUCUUGAGUCAGAUAUAACGCAAAUGGAAAACGAAAUUAAAAAAUCUCGUGGAAAAUUGAAAGAUCUUGAAGCAACUUUGACUUAUCAACGUGAAAAUUUAUGGACUUGUAACCAAUCAUUGUUGGAGUUAAAGAAUCAUGAGAUUCACCUUACUGAAUGUGUUAAUGAUGCCAAUAUUUCUGAGAUUACUAAGACUGAAGUGGCAAGUUUAAGCUUUUAUGCCGAAGAGGACUAUCUUAAUAAAUGCAAUUUGGUUCAAUAUGAGCUCGUGAAAUGUGAUUCUUUGUUCUCAAAACUCGAUUCUAAUUGGGAAGUAUUAAGUAAUCUUGGCCUUUCAUCAGUCAUAGGACCUUCACAAAACACUUUUUGUACAUUAAAGGGACGAAUGGAUGAUAUUAAAGUUGCUAUUCAAGAUAGAAUGGAACAAAUAAAGAAUCGUAGGGAGCUGGUGCAAUAUAUUAAUGGAGGCCUAUCAACGAUUUGCGAUGAGAUUGGCAUAAUAGAACAACAAAUAAUACACUCUGAUGAUAUGAAAAUGCGUGCGGAUGAUCUGGAAAAAAUGCUAAAAGCUAACGAGGACUUAUUAACGUCUGUAGGAGUGCAACGAACUUCUUUUACAGAUAUUUUAAAGAAUAUAGACAGUCUAUCGGAGAGUAGUAUAGAUAGUGACGUUCUGUCAAUUUCGAAUAGUACACCUCCGAUAUCCAGAAAAUUAGAUGAAUUAGAGAGUACGUGUCAAAAAAGACUUAUAAUAAUCAAGGAGCAACUUGAGAAGUCUAAAGAUUUUGAGUCAUACUAUCUGCUGUUGUCUGAAUCUUGUGAAAAAGUUAUGAAACUUGAUGUUAUGAAGUCACAGCUGGCAUCGAUAGAUAUGAAUCAAGCGUUUGAUUACUUAAAUAAUUGUGAAUUUGCUAAAAGAUUUCUUUUGGACUGCAAUGGCUAUCUAGAGAAUAUGGUUGAUAUUGCUGAGUUACUGAAUUGCAAAGAGGAUUCAAGCUGUUUGUCCAUUAAAGUGAAAGAAUCGAAAAAUCGUUUAAAUGAACUGAAUAAAAUCAUCCUAGAUAGACAACGUAAAUUAAAUGACAUCAUAGCUUCGUCAAAAAACCUUGAUGAAUUCCUACGGAACAUUUAUGAUCAACUAGAUUUAGCUAGCGAGAAAAUCACCAAAAGUAGUCAAUUUGGUAAAAAUUUCUUAGAAACGGAUCAAAAUUUGAGCUAUUGUAAAGAAAUAUAUAACAAUCUGGAGAAUUGUGGUGGUUUAAUUGUACAAUUGGAAAUGAUGCUGAAAGAUUCUUCAGAUAGUUCUACGUCGAUAAGUAUGCUUCCCAUUUGGAAUCGGUUGCAAGUUGCUAGGAAGAAGCAUGAAGAUAUGACUAAAGUUGUUUCGGAAAGAAAGAAGUCGCUAGAAGAUUGUUGUGUUAUUAUGCAGAUGCUGGAAAAUUUAGUAGCAAGGCUAGUAGAAUUGCAUGGUCAUCUUUCAAGUACGAAAGUGGUACAAUUAGGCAUUACUGAUAUAACUACAGAUGAUAUUGACAACUGUAUUGCGGAAUGUAAAGAAAUUGAUACAUUACUGGCUAGUUGUGAAGAUGUAAACGAACGUGCUGAAGGAUUUUUAGAUAAGCUUGCUGCUAUCUGUCCCGUAAAUGUCACUACAUCAAUUAGCGGGGAAAUUGACAGCAUACGAAAUAAGAUUAUUGAUAUUAAAGCGAAUAAAACUGUCAAAGAAAAGGAACUUAAAGAUAAGAGAAGAAUAAUUCGCGCAUUAAAUGAUAAGAUUCGAGAUUUUUACAGUUGGAUUUCUAUAAUUCAACUCCAAAUUAAUCAGACUGAUCCUAUAGGGCUUGAAGUGAAAACCAUCGAAAACCAAUAUAAUAAUCUUAGAAUUAUGCUACAAGAUUGCAAUCAACGUCAGCAGUCUUUAUCAUCGUUAGAAAGUUCAAAAUCGGACAUUGAGACAAAAUGUAACCAUGAAGAUCAAGAAAAAUUAGCGUUGAAGAUUGACGAGCUAACUAGUUCUUAUAAAGAUACCUGUGAAGCUGUUAGCAGUAGAAGUGACGUGUUCAAAAUUGCUUUAGAUGCAGCAGAACGAUUCCAAGAAUGUUACAAUUUACUAGAAAGGAUUAUUGAUAAAAUAGAAGCUGAAGACAUUUGUACUGUUGAUAUUGCUUUAGUACCUAACGAAGAUGUAAAUGAUUAUAUUGACAGCUGCAUUGUAAAUGAGAAUUUAAUGAAAAGUAACCAAAGUACGGUUGAUAGGAUGCGAGCAAGUGCAAAUCAAUUGAUAAAGAUUAAUCCAGAAGGUGUAUCAUUGCUAAUAAAUCAAAAGGCUGAUGAAAUUCGGUCUCGUUUUACCGAUAUGGAAAGUACAAUCAUGGAUCUAAAACAAAACCUUGAAUGGAAAAGGGAUCAGGUAAAUUUGUUUAACAAGUCUACAAAGCAGCUACAAACAUGGUUAGAUCAGCUAGAAAGCAGGAAAGAAAGCGAGCAAAUUGAUUUAAAUCCAGAUGACGUAGAUAAAUUUUUGGUGAAAAAUAAAGAACUCUUAGAUGACAUUAGUAAAGGCGAAGAAAAUGUAAUGCAAUUACGCAAAAUUGUUUCUGAUAUCAAGAGUAAAGCUUCGGAACGUGAAAUGAAUGUGAUCAAACUUCAAUCAGAAAGAAUUCAUAAUCGUUAUUCAGGACUGCAACAUAUUGUUAGAAAGAACGAUGAUGAAAUUCGUGGAAUCAAGUUUGCGAUGCUAGAAUUUCAAACUUCUAGGCAAUCUUUACACGAACUUUGUAAUGACGCUGAAAAGGAUGUAGCAAAAAUAGAAGUUGAAACGGUCGAUAUGGAAUUAUUUAGUAGUUACAUUGCUAGGUGUGAGACAGCAUUAGCUAGCCUUGUAGUUUAUCAAGAUCUUACUAAUAACAUGAUAAUCAAUAUUAAAAAAAUGGUAGGGCGUAAAAUAUCUACAAACCCAUCUUUUCUUCGAAAGAUUGUUCAAGAUGCCAAUGAUCGAGUGAGAAAGUUAAUCGAUUUAGUUAAUUUGAAGAAAGAUGUGUUAAUGGAGAGGCAACGAGACGUAACUGAAAUUAAUGAGCGACUAAAAAGUUUGAAUAGCCGUAUAAUAAUGCUAAAUAAUGACUUAGAUGCUAUAAUGUUCGUAGGAGUUACGGUUGACGAUAUCCAAAGUAGUGGUUAUCAUCUUACUGAAAUACAUGAUCAACUUCUUCCCAUUGAAAAUUCGAUUGGCGCUGUCAAAGAUAAACUUAAUGAAAUUACUGUGACCACUUCUAAAGAAAUAACUAAAGAAUUUCAGAGUGAUAUUGAGUUUAUUGAUGCGGAAUACGGUAAAUUAAAACAUCGGUUGAAAUCCAAAGAUCACUUAGUAAAAUCCGCUUUACAGGCUGCUAAGCAGUUUGAGAAAUCUUAUUGUGAACUUGAUGGGUUUAAUAAGAAUAUUAGCCAGGAAAAUAUAUUAAAAAUUGAUUUAUCUUCGAUAAGAUUGAAGGAACUCAAAGAAGCUAGCUUAAAAUGUUCAAAAAUCAAGGAUUUACAAUCAGAGUAUGUCAUUAUCCUUACUGAAGCUCAAAAAAGUGCAGAAAAGCUAAUGGAAAUGAAUUCGGAAGAUUCUAAGGGCAUAAUACGGGAGAAGCUAAAUUCUGUUGUAGAAGGCUUUGAAGCACUACGACAAGAUGUUGAAUUCAGACAGAAAUCGUUAUUUACGAAAGGAGAAUUAUAUGAGAAGUUAGAUAAAAAUUUAAAUAUGUUUGAUACAUGGCAGUUUAGGGUUAGAGAAAAAUUGCUAAAACUUCAGACGGUUGGUGUUGAAUCUGAUAGUAUAUUACAGAAUUCACGUCUAAUGGAGGAAGUAAAAGAAGAAGUAAUCCAUGAAAGAAAUAACGUAGCUGAAAUUGAGAGUAUUGGUGAUAAUAUGGUAACCCUUUGUUCUGGUGAAAAUUUAAUCAAUGUCAAACGCAUGAUAUCGAAAAUGAAAGAAAAUUAUGCUCAAUUAAUGGAGAUUGUCACUACAAAAGAAAAUAAGUUAAAAGAACUAAAGACAGCGCUGGACUUUUAUAUAAAUUGUCUUGCGGCUGUUAAGGAGUCAUAUGCUGAUAUUGAAUCCUCAAGAAUCAUUAACUUAACAAUCGAAGCUGUAGAUAUUAAUGCAACACACGAAUAUAUUGUUAGUUGUCAAGAACUUGAGAAUAAAAUCAACCAUCACAUGGCCCUACAUGAAAAGCUAGAAAUUAUUACAGAACAAGUUGUUAAAUUAAAUCCUUAUCAUCUUUCUUCUCAUAUAAUGCAAGAACCUGAGAGAUCUAAAAACAAAAUUAGAGAAAUAAAUUCUUCAUUGAAGGUAAAUAAACAAGCCCUGCAGGAGAGACUUAAAUGCUAUGAAGCUUAUAUAAAAAAUAUUAGCGACGUUAAUUCCUGGCUUGAUAGCCUUUCUGACGAGUUAUUAUUGGAUCAAACUAUUGGGAUUACUUCUGAAACAAUAGCCAAAAGUUUGAACGAUCUAGGAACUCUACUUGUCGAAAUUGAUGGUUACCACAGCGUAUUACAGACGAUAGAAGACUCUUUCAAUAAACAAAUGCCUUUCCUUACCCAGAUCAAUAGUAGUAAGAUAAAUCAGGAAGUGCAAGAAACCUGGAAUCGGUAUUUUGCCUUGAGAAUGAAGGCUUUGGAAGAGAGGCAACAGGCAUCAAAAGUAAUGGUGAUGUGCAAACAUUUUGAGGAAGUUUAUGAUAAGUUGUACAAUAUAUACGAAAGUCUUAAGGCUGCAGCAAUUUCGGAAGUUAUUGUAAAAGAUUUAGCAAUAACUGAAGUAGAAAGCUAUCAUGCUACUUGUAUGGAAUUACAAAGUAACCUUAAUCAUAAUGAAUACUUGCUAAGCGAAGUCGAUCAUGCUGCUCUUCAGUUAGCAGCUUUUAACGAGAAGGAAGCAUCGCAAUUAUUUGAGAAGGUUAAAAUAUUAAAAGAAAAUACAAUGGAAAUUGGUAAAGCAAUACAAGAGAAGGGAAUAGAGCUUAAAACCAAAUAUGACAGCAUAUCUCGAUUUGAUCUUAGUAUUAAGGAGUUAAAAGACUUGCAGUAUGAAAUUAAUAAAAAUUUGCCUGGAAAGGAAUUGAUUGGGUUUGAUAUCUUAGAAAUAGAGGGGAAUCUUUUCGAACAGAGGAUUAUCCUCGACAAGAUUCAACGUCAGGACACUCUCUUAGCCAAAAUUGAAGAAAUGCAUAACAGUGUCAUACAAAACGUGCCCGAGUCUGAAGUAGCUGAUGUUAAAUUAAAAUUGCAGGCUGCUAAAGACAAUAGCUUAAAGCUUACUGCAGUAAUCAACCAGCGCGGCUAUGACUUAGAAAGUGGGAAAGUAGCUGCUGAUCGGAUUAAAGAAUCCUUGGAAAAAGUAAGCCAAUCGUGUAGGCUAGUCGAACUGUGUGGAGUUGUCGGAAUUGAUGUUGAAAUUAUUAGAAUGGAAGAUAUUCGAAGCUACAUAGAUAGAUGUCAGCAAUGUCACAAGCAGUUUAUGAUCGGAGACGAUGCGCUCAGUGUGGCUAGCGAAAACAUGGAUAUGCUAUCUUCAUUAAACUCGGCAAACUACCCACAACCAAAAUAUGAUCAGUUUUUGCAAUUUAAGAAUAAACUAUUUAGUUUAAGAGACCAAGUGCGACUUAAAGAAUCCGAAUUAAUAGAACGAUUACGGGACUUUGAAUUCAUUGAUAUCUCUAUCGAUGAAAUAAAUAAAUGGUGUACUAAGACUAGCAGUUCGCUGAUAGACUUACUGAAUGAAAUUGAAAUUGAUCAAGUACAACCUAAGUUAUCUUAUUUGCGGAAAUUAUCAGACGAACUUUGUACUCACGAAGAAAGUAUAAAUCAACUUCAGAAGUUGAACAAAAAAUUAAUAGCGAGGACACUAGAUCAACAAAAGUCCGGCAAUCUAAGUAUUUUACAUUAUGUUAAGAGUAAGGUUGAUAGUAUUUUUGAGGCAAUUAAAGAACGGGAAAAGAAACUUAUUAAGGGUGAAGAAAUGGUAUUAUUGCUUACACGACAAUAUAAAGAGGUGAAACAAAAGUGCCAAGACAUUAAAUGUGGACCUUUCCUUACUGUAAAGUUAUUUGAUGUAAACAAGGUGGAGAUUGAGAAGCUGUUGUCAGAUUACAAGGAAUUACAAACCCUGGUUUCCAUUAUCGAAAGUGAUAUUAAAGCAAUGAGUGAGAAUACCGCUACGUUACUGGAUGUUAACUUCGAUAAAGAUGCUCAGUACUUCCACGAAAAAAUAUCGGAAUUAACUUCUGAAGCAGGAAAUGUGAACAGUACGCUAAAUGCUAAAUACGUAAACUUAAAACAAAAGGAACAGACUAUGCAGAAUUCUUACGAGAUAGUUCAAGACUUUCAAAGUAAAAUUAGUGGACUGGAGAAAGUUGUGGAAGCGCCUGUUACAGCUGUAACAGCUGGAGAAUUGACAAAAGAUCUAGUUGAGCUACAGUUUGCUGCUGAAGAGAUUGAAAGUUGGAAGGAUCAGUUUAAUGAAUUGGACAGUAUAGGAUCAAAGUUAGUUACUUAUUCGGAUAUCGACUCCAAGAGACUUACUGCAGAAGUUUCCAACUUGAGAAAUAAGUUUACAAAUUUCGACGAUAUGAUAAGUGAAAGGAAGAAGAAGUUGGAAGAGUACUCUUUAAGGGCAAAAGAAUUUGAAAAUUCCUACAAUGAAUUGAACACCUUAUGCGAAAAUCCAACAAUUACACAACUUGCCGACGUGAAUACUAUUAGUGUGGAUUCGGAAGUUGUGGAAAGUUGCUUAGCUGAAUUUGAGGAAUUCGAAAAGAGUUUCAAUGUCUAUGACGAAAUUGCAGAAGAGGCGGAAGCAAAUGCUAAACUGUUUUCAGACGCUAGUCAACUUGUACAUCCUUUUCAAAACAAGGUAGAGGGUCUUAAAAAUCGUGCUCAUGAUAUCAGAGCCAUGUUAACUGAUAAAAAGAAUCUCUUAAAAGAAAAGUCUAACCGAAUACGUCAGUUCGAUGAAAAAGUCGAUUUUGCAAAGGCAUACUUUGAUGCGGUCGACGGAGAAUUGCGUAAAAAUACUCUCAGUACUAUUGAUACAACUGUUAUAGAGGAGUGUAUCAAGGCACAUAAGGUUAUAGAAGGCAAUGUUGAAAACUGUAAGGAAGUCAUUGACGAGAUUGAAAAAAUUGGGAGUGAAAUUACUAAUUAUGGCUCAAACAAAGAUGUAGUUAGAAUUCAGAGUAAACUUGAUAAGGUUAAAGACCGUUACUCAGAUAUUUUGAUAACUAUUAAUGAGAAAGGAGACAAAUGGCGUAAGACGAAUGAUGCUGCUAAGAACUUUGAGGCUAAGUUAGUAAAUCUACGAGGAAUUUAUGAAAUACUGAUAGCGAGCGACAUUAUGAACGUAGAAAUUAACUCAGUGGGGUUAAGCUCGCUAGAAGAAUUCAAUAUCCAAAGCAAAGAAGCUUCUAACAAUCUGGUUAAAGAUCAAGUUUUGUUGACUGAAUUACAUACUUGUGCAGAUCAACUUGUAAAAGUUAGCUCUCUUGAUGUAUCUGAAGACGUUGGGUUAAAAGUGGCUGAUAUAGAUAGACAUUUUACAGAGAUGCGAUCUAAGAUAGACGUUAUAGUAAAUGAAUUAAAUGAUAAGUUAACCUUAUCUAAUAAAUUCGACAAGACAGUACAAGAAUUACUUAGAGAUAUCCUUAGUUACAAAGACAGUGAUACAGUGAAAGAUCUUUCUGUGGGUUUGACUAUAGAAGAAGUAGAUCAGAAACUUUGUGAUUACAAUAUUUGCAGAGGAGAUGUAAAUCGUUGUAAGAGUACUAAAAUAGUGGUGAAUCAGAUAGGAAAAGAGCUUAGCGCGUGUUGCCCAGAAAAUGACUGUGUUAAUAUUGCCAACCAAUUACAAGAAGUCGAAGAAAAUUAUAAUGACUUGAUUAAGAUGCUAACUGAGAAAGAGGACAGACUUACAAUGGGAAAAAAUGUAGUCGGAGAUUAUUCUGAAAGUAUCAGCAGCUUGCUAGAACUUUGCGCAGAAGUCGAAUCUAGCUGUGUCAUGCGAAGCAGUGAUAAUCUUAUGAGAUUAAGGGAUGUUGACGAUUAUGAAACUGAAUUGCAGAAAAUAUUUAAAGCUAUAGAAUCAAGUGAUGAAACCGUCCAGAAAUUGGAAGAAGCUGCCAGUGAACUUACUGUACUAAAUUCACCAUCUGUCACUGAACUCAUAGAAAGUAACGUUAGUAGUAUCAAGAACAGAUUGGCCAACUUGCUAGACUUUGCUCGAGAGAAAUAUCAACGUGUCCGACAGUACGAUCUCCAAAUGAAAGAUCUACAAGACAAAAUUCAAAAUGUUAAAAAAUUUCUUGAUCGAAUUCAAAUUUCAGCAAUUGAUUCCCCUCAGGUCGAUCACACUACUAGGGAAAGAUACAUAGAAUGCCUAAAUGAGAUAGAAGAACUCCGUGAAGAUGUAAUUAAAAACUCUUCUGUUGUAGAUGCUGAAGAGAUUGGGAAUGAUAUAAUCGAUAUCAGAAAUAAAUAUGAAUUGAUCAAUGCUAGCGCAGAGGAGAAAAAACUAAAAUUAUUAGAGGCAUUUGAACUCUCAUACGAUGCCGUAACCACUUUAUGUGAUGAAAUUGAGAGUGGUGAUUAUGCCUUUAAACCAAUUGUGUCUAUUGAUGAUAAUUCUAUGAAGGAACAAUUCGAAAAACAAUUGCAAAUCAUCGAAACACUCAAUAGAGGUGAAAAUUUUGCCCAUAAAUUGGAAAAAUUGGCCAAUCAGCUUAUUUCGCUUGAUACUGAUGGUAGCUAUGAACACUUACCCAGUAAAGUAAACGGGAUUAAGGAUAGACUGCGUAAGUUAGAGAUUGCUGUGCGAGAGAAUGAAUCCUAUUUGAAAAUGAAACAAGAACAAUCACAACAACUUGAUCAAAAUCUGAAAGAAUUAUCAAACUGGCUGGAAAGUGUAAAUAAUCAAUUAAAGAAAGUAGACUUACCAAAAACAUCGAGUACUAAUAUUGAAGAUAAUAGAAACACCACAAAGAACAUUGAGAAUGAUAUUAAAGAUAGAGGUGAUUUCAUAUCGACAUUGACAAAUAUUUGUGAUGAGCUAACAGAAAAUGUUCCACAAGACGAGAAAGAGAAGAUAGUAAAAGAAGUGGAAAAUUUAAAAGAACAAUACAUCUUGACAAAAGAAAGCAGCGAGAAUAAGAAGAGUGACGUAGAAGAAGCAUACGAAGUUUCUAACGAUUUCGAGGAAAUAUAUAAGAAAUUAAACUCGAAAUGCGAAGAAAUAGAAGAAACUGAACUCGUACGUCAAGAAAUGGCACAAGUUAAAUUAGACGAGUCUGAUAUGUGUUUAGAGAAAUGUAAGGAACUAGAAAACGCAAUAGAUAGUAAUGAUGAAUUACUGAAGAAUCUCGAGAGUAAGAUAGAAGCGGUAUCUGGAAAAGAUUUAGAAGCUAUGUCAAAUGAAAUGAAAGAUAAAUUAAAACGUGUGAAAGAUCGGCUAGAAAAAGCAGACAAAGUAAUCAAUAUGAAAGAAAAUCUACUAAAAGACAGAAAGGAUAAACAUGAAGAUUGGAAUAAUGUAUACGGAAAUGCGAUUGAGGCAUUAGAUAUAACAAUUACUGAUUACGAUUUGGUAAAGUCAGUAGGAUCGUCAUUGGAAGCUAUAGAAAAUAAUAUUAAAGAUCAUAAAUUAACAUCGCAGAAAAUUAACGAUGAAUACAAUGUCGCGAUAAGAGAAUUAGAAUCCAAACUCGACGAAUUAUAUCCGGACUGUUGUGAAGUAGAUAUAGAUACUUUAGAUAAGAAAUUCGCUGAAUUGAAAGACAGAAACAAAGAAUUUAUAUCGAAAUGUCGAUUAAGGGAACGUCAGCUAAAGAACGGCUUAAAUACAGCAGAAAGACUAGAAGAGAAUAAAAACGAAUUAGCAAGUAUUUGUCAAGAGAUAGAAAGCUCUGAUCUAUUUAAGAUGGAAACUAAAGAAUUACCAUUAGAGAAUUGUGUGGAAAACAUCAAAUCAUUUAGGAAACUUGCGUUGACUUUAUCGAAUGCUAAAGAUAUGCUACCAGACUUAGAAGAAAAUGUAGACGAAUUAGUUCAAUUAAAUUCGGAUAACGACGUGGACGAAUUAGAAGAAUGCAAAUCGACGAUUAAAGAUCGUGUAAACGAUAUAGAUAAGAUAAUAAGCGGAAAAGAAGAAAAUUUAAAGCAAGUCCGAAAGGGUUAUUUAAAUUUGGAAUCGAAUUCACAAUCAUUGAAUACAUGGCUAGAUGAGUUAUUACCGUAUUUAACUGAAGACGAGGAUGUCGGUAUUGACAUCGAUCAAAUUGAGAAUAAUAUGACUCAUCGAAAGAAUAUACAAUCCGAUUUAGACGGUUACCACGAUGUUGUAGACAGCAUAGAAAAUACGCUCAAGUUUUUAACAGAUGAGAUCUCACAAGAAGACUGUACAACUCUUAAAGCGAAAAUAGAUGAUAUCAAAGCCAAAUACGAUAGUUGUCAAAAAGGAUUAGAUAUAAAGAAGAAUAACUUGGAUCAAGCGUUAACGGCAGCUAAAUCGUUUAAUCAAUAUCGUACACAGUUAAGAAAUUUCUGUAGAGAUAUUGAAGCGAAAGAGAUAUUAUCAACUCCAGUUACAGAGUUAGGAAUAGAUAAAAUCAACGAAUUACAAGUUAUGUGCGAGAAUAUCGAGAAUGAUAUUAAAGAUAGAGGUGAUUUCAUAUCGACAUUGACAAAUAUUUGUGAUGAGCUAACAGAAAAUGUUCCUCAAGACGAGAAAGAAAAGAUAGUAAAAGAAGUGGAAAAUUUAAAAGAACAAUACAUCUUGACAAAAGAAAGCAGCGAGAAUAAGAAGAGUAACGUAGAAGAAGCAUACGAAGUUUCUAACGAUUUCGAGGAAAUAUAUAAGAAAUUAAACUCGAAAUGCGAAGAAAUAGAAGAAACUGAACUCGUACGUCAAGAAAUGGCACAAGUUAAAUUAGACGAGUCUGAUAUGUGUUUAGAGAAAUGUAAGGAACUAGAAAACGCAAUAGAUAGUAAUGAUGAAUUACUGAAGAAUCUCGAGAGUAAGAUAGAAGCGGUAUCUGGAAAAGAUUUAGAAGCUAUGUCAAAUGAAAUGAAAGAUAAAUUAAAACGUGUGAAAGAUCGGCUAGAAAAAGCAGACAAAGUAAUCAAUAUGAAAGAAAAUCUACUAAAAGACAGAAAGGAUAAACAUAAAGAUUGGAAUAAUGUAUACGGAAAUGCGAUUGAGGCAUUAGAUAUAACAAUUACUGAUUACGAUUUGGUAAAGUCAGUAGGAUCGUCAUGGAAGCUAUAG